CAGAGGGAAACCAGAGAUCAAAGAAAAUAUCAAAAUACCCAUUUUUAUUUUCAUUAGCAAAACAAUAAAAAAUGCCGAUUUCUCGCAUUGCAGUAGGAUCUGCAGCUGAGGCUGGCCAAGCUGAUGCCCUCAAAGCAGCUUUAGCUGAGUUUAUUUCAAUGCUCAUUUUUGUUUUUGCUGGUGAAGGCUCGGGCAUGGCUUUUAACAAGCUCACUGACAAUGGCUCUACAACACCGGCUGGCCUUGUAGCUGCAUCGGUGGCCCAUGCUUUCGCUCUGUUUGUGGCCGUUUCUGUCGGUGCUAACAUCUCGGGUGGGCACGUAAACCCUGCCGUCACCUUCGGUGCCUUUGUUGGUGGCCACAUUACCUUGGUCCGAAGUAUUUUGUAUUGGAUUGCUCAGUUGCUCGGAUCCGUUGUCGCUUGCUUGCUCCUCAAGUUUUCAACUGGUGGAUUGACAACAUCUGCAUUUGCCUUGUCAUCCGGUGUGGGAGCAUGGAACGCAGUGGUUUUCGAGAUCGUGAUGACCUUCGGUUUGGUUUACACGGUUUACGCCACCGCUGUUGACCCAAAGAAGGGUAACAUUGGGAUCAUUGCACCCAUUGCAAUCGGUUUCAUUGUGGGUGCCAACAUCUUGGCUGGUGGUGCCUUUGAUGGAGCUUCCAUGAACCCUGCAGUCUCCUUUGGACCAGCCGUUGUCAGCUGGACAUGGGACAACCACUGGGUCUACUGGCUCGGUCCCUUUGUCGGCUCUGCCAUUGCAGCCAUCGUCUAUGAAGUCUUCUUCAUCGCCCCCGACACACAUGAGCAGCUGCCCACUUCAGAAUUUUAAGAUUUCUGGUCUUUUCGAUGAGUUUCAUGUGAUCCAUUAACAAGGGUUCUAUGCGGGGUGGGAUCACUUUGGUUUCAUGAUUGUGGGUGCUUAUUGUUCCCUGUUGUUUGUAUCUCUCUUCUGUUAAUUGUUGAUUCCAUUGAAACUUGUUUAUCAAUCAUUUCAUAUUUUCGAGUA